UUUGAUGUCAGUUCUUCUGUCAUUAGAAAAGCAAAGCAAAUUUUAGGAACAACAAACACCUGAACUCUAAGAUCAGAAAGUAGAUUCAUUAAAACCAUUAAAAUGGCACAGACGGCGGGGGUAAAGCCCAUGACUAUAGUUGGUCGUGUGGCGUCUGAACGAGAAAGAUGUCUUGGUAUGACUGAAGCGGAAAGAGCCUGGCGUAAGCAAUGGUUAAAAGACCAGAUUUUAGCUUCUAACGAACCAGUUCAUGUCGAAGAAUACUGGAAGGAACGCAUUAAUCCUAUUCGUCGUUUGUACCGCAAACCUCUGGAUGUUAUAUACAAUGCCCUAGCCCCUACUUUGGGUGCUCAGCGUGCUGCAGAUUACAGAUACAUUACAGGGAAACUUGGAAUCAUGGCAUUCGGAGCAUUGGCAAUCCAUUAUUAUUUCAAGUACAAUACAAAUGACUGGACAAGGAAAGGAGGUUGGAGAGUAUUAAAAACAAAGCCAAUGGUUUUGCCUGGACAACCGGGUUUCCCAUAUAAAUCUGAUCGUCAUGUCCCAGCUGAUUAUGCAAGCAGGGGAUUCAAAACAUCUCCCAUAUAAAUUUCAUUGGCACUUUAAUAUUGUUAAUAGUUCAAUGAAAUUCUAGAAGUUGUUAACCUUUGCUUCUAAAAGAAAUUGUAAUAAAAUAUUAGUCAUUAAAGGUAAUUUAUAAAACC